CGUCCCGCCUCACACCGCCACCUACUUAAGGCCGCACGGACCGUGGGAGAUCAUCAGUUUCACACCGAUACCACUACACACAACAUGAAGCUGUUCAUCGUCGCUGCUCUGGCCCUGGUGGCCGUCGCCGACCGGCCCCAGCCUUCCUACAGGCCCCGUCCCACCUACGCUGCCCCGACCUACGCUGCCCCGACCUACGCCCCGGCCCCGACCUACAAGCCCCAGCCCAAGUACGCUCCUGCCCCGUCCUACGGCCACUCGAGCUACAAGCCGAUCGCUAUCCUGGAGCAGGAGGACGUCCACCCCGGAGAUGGCACCUACAGCUCCAAGUUCUCCACCGAGAACGGCAUCUACAGGUCUGAGACUGGCGUGCCGGUGCCCGGCUACGGCAAGAACGCCUACGGCGAGGCGGAGGACCUCUACCGCCAGGAGGGCUCCUGGAGCUACACCAACGGCUACGGCGAGGAGGUCAAGGUCGCCUUUGUCGCCGACGAGAACGGCUACCAGCCGUCCAGCGACAUCCUGCCCACCCCGGUGCCCACCGAGUACCCGACCCCCGAGGUGGACCCCGCCUACGUCGAGCCCCAGCCCAGCUACGGCAAGCCCGCCUACCAGCCGGCUUACAAGCCCGCCUACAACACCCGACUAUUUAAUGGACGAGCAAACCGACCCAGGUAUCAGUUCGACACUGCACCCAGUCACAACAACAUGAAGGCUUUUGUGAUUGCCGCCCUGGCCCUGGUGGCUGCCGCCGACCAGCCCCAGACUCGCUACGCGCCGGCACCUGCCUACAGGCCCCGGCCGACCUACGCCCAGGCCCCCACUUACAGGCCUGAGCCUACGUACGCCCCUCCUGUCCCGACCUACGCUGCCCCUGCCCCGACGUACGCUGCCCCUACCUAUGCCCCUUCUGCCCCGACUUACGCUGCUCCUACCUACGUUGCCCCGACCUACUCUGCCCCCGCCUACGCUCCGGCCUCCUCUUACAAAGCCCAGCCGAGCUACAAGCCGAUUGCUAUCCUUGAGGAGGAGAACGUCCACCCUGGAGAUGGCUCCUACAACUUCCACUUCAGCACCGAGAACGGCAUCUACAGGUCUGAGAGCGGUGUUCCCCUGCCCGGCUACGGCAAGAACGCCUACGGACAGCCGGAGGGCAGCUACCGCCAGGAGGGCUCCUGGAGCUACACCGACGGAUACGGCAACCCCAUUAAGGUGACAUUUGUCGCCGACGACAACGGCUACCAGCCGUCCAGCGACAUCCUGCCGACGCCGGUGCCCACCCAGUAUCCGACCCCUGCUGUUGACUCCGCUUACGUCGAGCCCCAGUCGGCCUACGUCGAGUCCCAGCCCGCCUACGUCGAGCCCCAGCCCGCCUACGUCGAGCCCCAGCCCGCCUACGUCGAGCCCCAGCCCGCCUACGUCGAGCCCCAGCCCACCUACGGCAAGCCCCAGCCCGCCUACCAGCCGGCCUACGUCGCGCCCCAGCCUGCCUACAACUAAGCGUCAUCGAAAAAUCACGGCAGGAUUGGGCGACCGGGACUUGGAGCCACAGCGAGAUGACUAUUAAAAACAGGUUCACCGAGAUGUCCACUUGCCGGCAACUAAGUCAACUUGUGUCCACUCUUGUAAGGAUUGCUGAUUUGUCGUAUCAUUGUCACAAACGUCGUUGUUAAUGUAUUUAUGUUUAUCGUGAUUGGCUUUUAUUGGUGUCUUUUCAAUAUGUCAGUCAUUGUUUAUUGUGUAAGUGUGCCCAUCAAUAUACAAUCACCAGUA